AGCGGCGAGGGCUUUUGGAGAGUAUCUUUCACAAAACCACCCUGAAGGUAGAAACGGCUCAGAUCACCUGCUAGCAGACUCCUAUAUCGGACAGGAGGACUCCCCUGAGAUGCAGCAGGCAGCACAGAACAAGCGCAGGCUCUCCGUCAUCUCAGACGGCAAGUUUGAGAGGAGCUUCUCCGAGGAGCAGUCAGAGAAGAUGCCAAGCGAGGGACCGAAGCCACGAGUCUACACGAUCUCCGGCGAGAGGCCGAUGUUGUCAGACCAUGAGAACGAAAGUAUGGAACUGGUGGUGAUGAAGGGAGCUGCCCAAGAGGAAUGCCACCAUGGCCACCACGUGCACAGUGCCGGUGGCUCUCACGGCGUUAGCAGGCAUUGCAAGGGCUGGCCUGGCAGCCGGCAAGGCUCCAAGGAGUGCCCGAACUGCACCCGGCUGGCUGCCCCUUCCCAGCAUUCCUUUGACCUGGAGCAGCAUCAAUCCAGCGAGACUGGGUGGCACAGAAAAAGGCUGGAGAGGAUGUAUAGUGUCGAUCGAGUGUCUGAUGAUGUCCCCAUACGAACCUGGUUCCCAAAAGAGAACCUCUUCAGUUUCCAAACUGCUACUACAACUAUGCAAGCCAUCUCGGCGUUCAGGGGCUACGCAGAGAGGAAGAGACGGAAACGAGAGAAUGAUUCUGCAGCUGUUAUACAGAGGAAUUUUCGGAAGCACCUCCGCAUGGUGGGGAGCCGAAGGGUUAAAGCACAAACAUUUGCCGAACGGCGUGAGAGAAGCUUCAGCAGGUCCUGGAGUGACCCGACUCCCAUCAAAGCUGAUUCCUUCCAUGACUCUCGAGAAAGCCAUGACCUUCAGGAUUCCUGCGGCACUUUGGAUGGCGACUUUGACUUGAACUGGGAAGCGGAAAAGGAACUUGAAGCCAUGGCAUGUGACGGAGAAGACUUUAUUCCACCAAAAAUAAUGCUCAUUUCUUCCAAGGUGCCCAAAGCAGAGUAUGUCCCGACAAUUAUCCGCAGGGACGAUCCCUCUAUCAUCCCCAUUCUCUAUGACCACGAACAUGCCACCUUUGAUGACAUCCUAGAGGAAAUAGAGAAGAAGCUUAACAUUUAUCGGAAAGGCUGCAAAAUCUGGAAGAUGCUGAUAUUUUGCCAGGGAGGUCCUGGCCACUUGUACUUGUUGAAGAACAAAGUUGCCACUUUUGCCAAAGUGGAGAAGGAGGAAGAUCUGAUCCUCUUCUGGAAGAGGUUGAGCCGGCUGAUGAGUAAAGUCAAUCCUGAACCAAAUAUCAUUCACAUCAUGGGCUGCUAUGUUCUCGGAAACCCCAAUGGGGAGAAGCUAUUUCAGAAUCUGAAAAACUUAAUGAAUCCUUAUAGGGUUGCCUUCGAGUCUCCACUUGAACUAUCAGCUCAAGGUAAGCAAAUGAUUGAGACUUACUUUGACUUCCGCCUUUACCGCCUCUGGAAGACCCGCCAGCACUCUAAACUAUUGGAUUACGAUGACAUUUUAUGAGCUGGAGAAGACUUUGCAAGAGGAAGUUGAUCACCGGUGUCCAAGAAGUCGUGCUUAUUGCAGAGAGACUUUUUUAUUGGCACGGGGAGCCCUUCUAAGCCCUAAAGGAGGCAGCAGUGCUAAAGGGAGGGAAGAAGGAGCCCUCGGAAGUGUGUCGGGAGGAAAGUCUCUUGGGUCAAGAGAGACUGGAGGGAAAGGGUUUGACACCUCGCUCGUCUCGGGUCAGAGCCGUGGUGUCUCAGGAGGAGCUGUGUGAAACGAGGACGGGAUGGAGUUCCUUGCAGAACUGAGCUGUUUUGGGUCAGAAUGGGCCAGAUUUGAUUCCAGGUCCUUUUAAAGACUUUUGAAGCUCAGGUUUUCUUACACACACACACAAAAAAUCAAUUACCCAUGCACUACAAGGAAGAAGUGACCGAGCACAGGGGAAGGAGGGGUUUGUACUGAUGGGACCUUCUGUGCUGGGGAUUUUGGAGAGCAAGGACUGCUACACCUACUCCUGCAAGCUUAGAUCAAGACGAUCCAGUUUCAGUGUGAAUAUAUACUGGAAUAUAGAAUUGAAAACUAACUUUUGUUUUGUUUUGUUUCAUAGCAAAUAAGUGCAAUUUUUAUAGCAAGAGGGGUGAAAUCCCCCCCAGUAUUUAAUUAGUUAAAAAUAACACACCAGUAACCAAUAGAUGAGGUAUUUUUGGUCUGCUUGAAAAUAUAUUCAAAAUGGUAAUAUAUCUUCUGUAGACAUAUUUAAUCACCAGCAAACAUGGUUUUAAC